AAAUACAUCAAUUAUCAAGCAAGCUGUCCAUGCAUAAUAUUAAUGAAGUGUACGCUACAUAAAGUGAAGUUUUAAAUCGAUUUGAACAAUUUUCGAAUUGUUAUAUUAGUGGAGUGCUACAGUAUUUAGUUGAUAUUUGAGUAAUAUGGGGUCGUCUAGACGACGUGAUCGUUCUAGAUCUCGAGAUAGAGACAGAAGAGAUAGAAAACGUAGCCGUUCCAGAGACAGAUAUCGUGAUAGGCGUAGGGAGCGAAGUCUAAGUCGGGGACGGGAGAGAAGGCGUGAAAGGGAGAGAUCUUUAACACCCCCAGAGCCUGAUGGUGAUAAAAUGAUUGCAGAAACUCUGGCGACACUUGCAGCGACAAGAAACUUUGCUAGUCUAAUUUCCAAAGAAGGAGACGGAAAUUCCAAUAUGUCCACUGGUAGUAGUGAGGACGAAAGGAGGAAAAAGAAACGUUCCAGAUGGGGAGGAAGUGAACAUGAAAAGAUUUUUAUUCCUGGAAUGCCAACCAUAUUGCCCCAGAAUCUGAAUAAGGAUCAAGAACAAGCAUACUUACUUCAGCUGCAGAUCGAAGAAGUCAGCCGUAAACUACGAUCCGGGGACUUGGGGAUUCCGGCCAAUCCGGAAGAAAGAUCCCCUUCUCCCGAACCGAUUUAUAGCAGUGAUGGGAAACGUUUGAAUACAAGAGAAUUUCGUACCAGAAAGAGGCUGGAAGAGGAAAGACACACCCUCGUAUUGAGGAUGCAAUCAAUCAAUCCGGAAUUUAAACCACCCCUAGAUUACAAACCACCUGUAACUAGGGUUAGCGAUAAAGUGAUGAUACCCCAAGAGGAACACCCCGAAAUAAAUUUUGUAGGUCUACUGAUAGGACCUAGAGGAAAUACGUUGAAAACAAUGGAAAAGGAAACCGGUGCUAAAAUUAUUAUCCGUGGAAAGGGUUCCGUUAAAGAAGGAAAGGUUGGAAGAAAAGAUGGACAACCACUUCCCGGGGAAGAUGAGCCAUUACAUGCUUAUAUCACCGCUACUAAUCCUGAAUGUGUUAAGAAAGCAGUCGAAAGGAUCAAAGAAGUCAUAAGGCAAGGAGUGGAGGUUCCGGAAAAUCAAAACGACCUCAGGAGAAUGCAAUUAAGGGAAUUGGCUCAAUUAAAUGGUACAUUGAGGGAAAAUGAUGGUAUGAGAUGUAAUAAUUGUGGCGCUACUGAUCACAAAUCUUGGUUGUGUCCGGAUAAACCCAACAUUACAAACAGCAUUGUUUGUUCGAGUUGUGGGGCAGCGGGACACAUCGCUCGCGAUUGUCGAUCGAAACGUCCAGGUCAAGGUGGACCGCCCUUACCCGGAGUAGGAGACAAGGCCAAAAUCGACGAAGAAUACAUGUCGCUGAUGGCCGAAUUGGGCGAAGCGCCUCAACCGGUUUUCGCCAACAAUGGAACUAAUCAACAACGUAAACCGCAGACUGGUUUCAACGUAUUCGAAAAUCAACCGCCGCCGCGUCCUUUAAUGCCUCCACCGAUACCUUGUCCGCCCAUGCCUCUCAUUAAUGGUAAUUUACCACCGUCGGCGUGGCCAGGUCACGCCCCGAUGCAUUGGCCACCAGCACCACCUCCGCCAACAAUUCUACCGCCUCCUCCACCACCGGGCGCGUCUAGCCCUCCUCAAAAUUUAAUGCCGACGUCGUGGGCGCCAUCUCAACCCCCACCGCCGGGAGCUCCUCCACCGUUUACGUCAUGGCCGCCGAGUAGUUUCCCUCCACCGCCUCCUCCAGGCAUCGACGUUAAUUCGCUACUUUCUUCACCGCCUCCGCCGCCGCCACCUUCUUAAACUAAAAUAUAUUUUAAAGAAUAUUUUGUAAUAGUCCAGGAAAAUUAAAUGAACAGCAUUUUUUUGGUAACCGGAUGAUGGUGUUUGUAAUUGAAAAUAUAUCGACACCCCCCUCUUUUUGGUUUUUAAUUGUUAAUUUUGAAAACGUCAUCGUUCAAUCUAAAAGUCUUUUUUCGUCGUUUGUAGUAAACCACAUCUCGAAAUUUUCAGUAUUGAUGAAAUGAACACCGAUUGAAAUAAAUAUACAAGGUGGCGCAAUGAAGGCACUGCUCUAUUGGAAAUUUUCCUCGGUACUACUGAUGUCAUAGUUGCCAUUCCAUCACGGUUAUUUUCCUUGAGCUAGCUAAUCGAGGUGAUUAUUACCAUAGACUCUGUGCUAGGAGUAUUCCAACAAAAUAAAGUCGAGAAGCAUCAAAUCUGGAUUAAAAGGGGCCAUGGAAUGGGAUCACCAGUUUCCAAACAUCACAAUGCACAUUCUGUCACUUUAGGACUAUACAGGGAUUUUGACGGUUUACAAACUCAGCGAUUGGAAAUAGGCAACAUGAGGGAAAACGAUUGGAAAAUCUAUUGAGCUUUUCCUAUUUGUCUCAUUUUGGUAUUAAUUGCCGUAAGACAGCGAGUAGACAAGCAUCGAUCUUCUCUCUUUUGUCCUACAUUCGCUUGUGGUUUGAACGUCGAAUCAGCCUCUUCGCAAAAUGCGCUCCCAGGGGGUUUGUCUGCGAGUCUGUCAGCUAUUUUGGUUCCCACCAUUCCAUGGUAAUUUUAUUUUUCUUGUCUAGCUCGUUUAGAUUUGUCCAGGAAUUCCUAAACUAGUUUGAAUUUCAUGAUAUUGGAGCUCAAAGUUUCCUGUUUGCGAUGACUUCUAUCUAAAUCGAACCGGAUACAUUCUUCAUUCUGCUUGGUGGGUUACUCAAGCUUUCAGAGUGUUUGGUUCUGGGCCCCUCUUCCAGUUCCAUCCGUUGCUUUAGAACCGUCCGUGUACCAUUUGUUGGUAUUUCCUGUUUGGUGUUCUACAGCUUAGUAUUGAGGUUUCAUCAAGUUUGGUCAUUUAAGAGAGUUCCAGUACCCUAAGGAAAUAAUACAGGAUUGAUAUAUUUUCAAUUAAGGAUAUAAUUUGACGAAAUCAUUUUUCGAUUUUCAAUUUCCUGGACUAGAAGAAGGAUGUAAUAGUUUUUUUUAAUAUAAAAAUUAAUUUUAUAUAAACAAGUGUAGAUUAAAUGAAUAUAUAUUGGAUUAGAUCUUAAA